UCACGUACCACUACCGACUACGUGUACUUUUCAACCAUGAGCGCGUAUCCGGCAUAUGUUAUGGGCACUUUGUGCAUAGUUGGCGGCGUCACUGGCUUUGCAAGAACGCGGUCUAUUCCGUCUGUCGUUGCUGGAGUUGGUGUUGGGCUGUUGUACCUUUGGAGCGCUGAGGCUAUCCGUAAAGGAACUGCGAACGGUCUGGAAGCUGCUCUUGGCGCUUCUGCUAUCUUGCUCCUUUCUUCGGCACCCCGCGCUGGAAAAGGACCCGUCCCAGCAAUGCUUACAGCGACAUCUGCUCUCGCUGGCGCGUACUAUGGGAAGACUGUGUAUAAUGUUCGGUCUUGAAGAAUAAUUUAUCGCGUACAGCUGGAAUAUCGUGUUCUCCACUCAGUCAUGUCACAAUUGCUAUCCGUGUUUGCAUUGUCCUAAAUGUUAUUCUUGUCCUUCAAGGUCCACUCAGAUGCAAAAUGCGUCUUCCCUUCCCUUCGCAAGACAGGAUGUCACCA